AUGGUUGUGGUGGAGGCGUUUCUGUCUUCCUUGUUUGAGGUGGUGCUGGACAAGCUGGUGGCUACCCCUUUGUUAGAUUAUGCACGCCGGAUCAAAGUAGACACAGCAGUGCUCCAGGAGUGGAGGAACACUUUGUUGCAUCUCCAAGCAGUGCUGCAUGAUGCUGAGCAGAGGCAGAUUCGGGAGGAAGCGGUGAAGAGGUGGGUGGACGAUCUCAAAGCUUUAGCUUACGACAUCGAAGAUGUCCUGGACGAGUUUGACAUGGAGGCUAAGCGAUGCAGUUGGGUACAAGGGCCCCAAACCAGCACCAGCAAGGUACGGAAGCUUAUCCCCUCUUUUCAUCCUAGCGGUGUGAUUUUCAAUAAGAAGAUUGAUAAGGCUGAGUUUUAUGGUAGGGAUGGUGAUAAGGAGAAGAUCAUGGGAUUGUUGCUAUCUGAUGAAAUAGCUACUGCUGAUAAGGUUCAGGUGAUUCCGAUUGUUGGUAUGGGUGGGGUUGGAAAAACAACCCUCGCUCAAAUGAUCUAUAACGACAAGAGGGUUGGGGACAAUUUCGAUAUCAGAGUUUGGGUGUGUGUGUCGGAUCAGUUUGAAUUGGAAAGAAUAACGAAAGCAAUUUUGGAGUUGGUCUCUGGGCAUUCAUCUUAUACUUCUAAUACCCUGCAAUCACUACAAGAUAGUUUGCAGGAAAAGUUGAAUGGAAAAAGGUUUUUCCUUGUGCUGGAUGAUAUAUGGAAUGAGGACCCCAGUAGCUGGAGUACCUUACAAGCUCCUUUUAGAAAUGGAGCACAAGGCAGUGUGGUAAUGGUAACAACUCGUCUUGAAGAUGUUGCAUCUAUUAUGCGCACUACCUCUUCCCAUCAUCUUAGUAAACUCUCUGAUGAAGAUUGUUGGUCACUAUUUGCACGCAUUGCCUUCGAAAACGUAACUCCAGAUGCCCGCCAAAACUUGGAACCUAUUGGUAGGAAAAUAAUAAAGAAAUGUGACGGUUUGCCUUUGGCUGCAAAUACAUUGGCAGGUCUGUUGCGCUGUAAACAAGAUGAGAAGACUUGGAAGGAUAUGCUGAACAGCGAAAUUUGGGAUUUACGAACAGAACAAAGUAGAAUUCUUCCGGCUCUACACUUGAGUUACCAUUACCUCCCUACAAAAGUGAAGCAGUGCUUUGCAUAUUGUUCCAUCUUUCCAAAGGAUUAUGACUUUCAAAAGGAGGAGUUAAUUUUGUUGUGGAUGGCGCAAGGUUUAGUGGGUAGCUUGAAAGGAGGGGAGACGAUGGAAGAUGUUGGUGAAAUAUGUUUUCAGAACCUAUUAUCAAGGUCAUUCUUUCAACAAUCCGGUCAUAAUAAGUCAAUGUUUGUGAUGCAUGAUUUGAUUCACGAUUUGGCUCAAUUUGUAUCUGGAGAAUUUUGUUUCAGAUUGGAAAUGGGACAGCAAAAAAAUGUUUCAAAGAAUGCUCGACAUUUGUCAUACGAUCGUGAAGAAUUUGACAUCUCCAAGAAAUUUGAUCCCCUUCAUGACAUUGAUAAAUUACGGACCUUCCUACCAUUAAGUAAGCCUGGUUAUCAAUUACCUUGCUACUUAGGUGAUAAAGUCCUACACGAUGUAUUGCCAAAAUUCAGAUGUAUGCGGGUUUUAUCCUUAUGUUACUAUAACAUCACUUAUUUGCCCGAUUCAUUUGGAAAUUUGAAACAUUUGCGGUAUUUGAACCUUUCUAACACUAAAAUUCGGAAGUUACCUAAAUCAAUAGGUAUGCUUUUGAAUUUGCAAUCAUUGAUUUUGUCAGAAUGUUGUUGGCUUACCGAGCUACCAGCCGAGAUUGGAAAGCUCAUCAACUUGCGUCAUUUGGAUAUCUCUAGAACAAAAAUAGAAGGGAUGCCAAUGGGAAUCAAUGGAUUAAAAGAUCUUCGAAUGUUGACUACUUUUGUUGUUGGCAAGCAUGGUGGUGCAAGACUCGGGGAGUUACGAGAUCUUGCACACCUGCAAGGAGCACUCUCCAUUUUAAACUUGCAGAAUGUGGAGAAUGUGGAGAAUGCUACAGAAGUUAAUUUGAUGAAAAAGGAAGACCUUGACGACUUAGUGUUUGCAUGGGAUCCAAAUGCGAUUGUUGGUGACUUGGAGAUUCAAACCAAAGUUCUCGAAAAGCUUCAGCCUCAUAACAAGGUGAAAAGGCUCAGCAUUGAAUGCUUCUAUGGCAUAAAAUUUCCAAAAUGGUUAGGAGAUCCUUGGUUCAUGAAUUUAGUUUUCUUACAACUUAGAAAUUGUAAAAAUUGCUUGCCUUUGCCGCCACUUGGGCAAUUACAGUCUCUCAAGGAUCUCUGUAUUGUGAAGAUGGAUGAUGUGCGAAAGGUAGGUGUAGAGUUGUAUGGGAAUAGCUAUUGUAGUUCAACUUCAAUUAAGCCAUUUGGAUCCCUAGAGAUUUUGAGGUUUGAAGAGAUGUUAGAGUGGGAGGAAUGGGUUUGUCGUGAAAUUGAAUUCCCUUGUUUGAAGGAGCUUUAUAUCGAGAAAUGUCCAAGCUAA